CACACCCUUUUCCCGAUUCCUUUCCGCCCCGCCCCGCCCCGCGCAGUCGCCCUCCCCACCCCACCCACCCACCCCACCCCACCCGGUCCCCACUUUCCACUCCCAACCCCACCAGACCUUCAACCGCUACAUUUCCGUCACUACCGGAGCCGCCACUCCCACGAACGCGGGCGGCGGAACGGAAGCGAACCAGUUAUCUAGUGGAGUUGCCUCCUUCAAGCUACUCUAAUGUCCUUUCUAUUCAAGUCUAGCAAUGGCGGCACCACUGAAAAAAUCCCAUCCCCAGAAGAACAGCGAGAAAAAAUAAAUGAAUUACGCAAGGAGCUUGGUGAACACUCAUCAGCAGCCAUUAAAGACUUCCUUUCAGAUGCCUCGUUAGCGAGAUUUCUUCGAGCAAGGAACUGGAAUGUGCAGAAAGCUAGUAAAAUGAUGAAAGCAGCUGUGAAGUGGCGGCUUGCAUUCAAACCUGAAAACAUCUGUUGGGAUGAUAUUGCAGAGGAAGCAGAGACUGGAAAGAUAUAUAGAGCGGAUUAUAAGGACAAACAUGGCAGAACUGUUCUUGUAUUGAGGCCUGGCUUAGAGAACACUACCUCAGCAAUAGGACAGAUCAAAUAUCUAGUCUACUCUCUGGAGAAAGCAAUUAUGAACCUGACGGAAGAUCAAGAGAAGAUGGUAUGGCUGACAGAUUUCCAGUGCUGGACAUUGGGAAGCACACCACUGAAGGUGACCCGUGAGACUGUCAAUGUCUUGCAAGACUGCUAUCCUGAGAGGUUGGGGCUUGCAAUCCUUUACAACCCUCCUAGGAUAUUUGAAUCAUUCUGGAAGAUAGUGAAGCCGUUCCUAGACCAUGAGACCCGCAAGAAGGUGAAGUUUGUGUACUCCAACGACAAGGAGAGCCAGAAGAUAAUGGCAGAAGUCUUUGACAUGGAGGAGCUCGACUCGGCAUUCGGGGGAAAGAACCCAGCGACAUUUGAGUACAACAGCUACGCAGAGCAGAUGCAGGACGACGACAAGAAGAUGGGAUCUUCGCACGGCUCAGCCAAUAGCUUGCUUGGAUCAGCUGGGAAGGAGGCUAAUGGCGCAGACUCGGACGCCUCAAGCGAGGCCUCCUUCUACAGUGGAACUGACUCUCCGACACAUGAGAACGGUGAACACAGCAUCGCGAAGAAGAAUGGUUGAGCUGAGUUGAACUGCUUUGAUUGCUCAAACUGAGGGAGCUGACUAAUGUAGUUGGUCAACAUAACAGUUAUAUCUAGCUUGAACGAUUGUCAGGACCGAUGGCGAUGACAGAUUCCAGGCUGGUUAGAUCACCUUGUCGGGUCUAGGCGGAAUGUAUAUUUGCUGCUCAUGAUAUUAUAGUAUGUAAGACCAUAAACGGUGAGUUUGUGAUGCGCUAUAUAUCUUGGAAUAAAGUUCAACUUCUUCGUUUUCUUA